CCUUUUCCCUUUCUUGGCGGAAAGCUCUUAUCCAGACAGCGAGGGGCAGGGUUCGGCAAAGCUCGCCUCCUCUGGGCCUCGGCAUCCCCGGGCCAGCUCGCCUGCAGGUCGGGAGCGCGCGUCCCCGCCGCACCGCGGCGCCAGGAGCGACUCGCCAAGCCCGGGGCCGCGGGAGGAGGUGGAGGCGGUGGCGAAGCUCACGCACCUCGGAGGAGCGGCGCCCGCGGGCCGGGGAGCGCCAGCCGGGUAGAGAUGUCUGCCCAGAGGUUAAUUUCUAACAGAACAUCCCAGCAAUCUGCAUCUAAUUCUGAUUACACCUGGGAAUAUGAAUAUUAUGAGAUUGGACCAGUUUCCUUUGAAGGACUGAAGGCUCAUAAAUAUUCCAUUGUGAUUGGAUUUUGGGUUGGUCUUGCUGUCUUCGUGAUUUUCAUGUUUUUUGUGCUGACUUUGCUGACCAAGACGGGAGCUCCACACCAAGACAAUGCAGAGUCUUCAGAGAAGAGAUUCAGAAUGAAUAGCUUUGUGUCAGACUUCGGAAGACCGCUGGAGCCAGAUAAGGUGUUUUCUCGACAGGGCAAUGAGGAAUCCAGGUCUCUCUUUCACUGCUACAUCAAUGAAGUGGAACACUUGGAUAGGGCUAAAGCUUGUCACCAGACCACAGCCCUUGACAGCUGUGUUCAACUGCAGGAAGCCAUUAGAAGCAAUGGGCGGCCAGAGGAGGAGUUGAACAGGCUCAUGAAGUUCGACAUCCCCAACUUCGUGAACACAGACCAGAACUCCUCCUUUGGGGAGGAUGAUCUUCUGAUUUCAGAACCACCUAUUGUUCUAGAAAAUAAGCCAGUUUCCCAGACCUCACACAAAGACCUGGAUUGAGAAACGUACUCUGUAAAGUGUCUUCCUGGAGAUGUUGGAUCCGUCUUUGUAAAGCAAGAAAUCUCCACUGACCAAAGUUGUUUGUGUGUGUUGGGGGGAGACAUGGGAGACAGAGAUAGAAAGAAAGACACAGAGAAGAGAGCCCCCUCAGAAAAGAGCUGAAGAAGCUGAGCUUCUGUGCCUUUAAACACAGUUCAGGCUUUUUUGAGAAUAAAGUAUUUGCAUGGUCUCACCUUCCUUGUUGUUGAAAAGUUUGGCUGCACAGAGUGUCAGUGUUCUUGAAUGGGGGUUAGCAUGCUGCAUUCCAGUCUGGCCCUGCCACCACCACGCUCUAUUUUUAGCAAGUUGCUUUACCUCUCUGGGCUGCCACAUUGUUCAUUGUAACAUGAGGAGUUUGAAGUAGAUGACUCAUCCCAGCUCUAAUAUUUUGUGAAUUUGUGACUUUGCAUCCAGAAGAAGCUGGAAUGUACAUAAUGCAGUAUAAACCAGGGCACUGCCUCCUAUCUCUUGUAGGAUGCCCUAUGUCAGUACCUUCCACUCAGCCCUUAACUGAGCCCAGCUUUUGUCAGAGGUCCAAGCAUCUAUGAGGAGGUCAGAAGACACAUCUCUCAGUCACCAUGGCGAACAUUUCUUUGAUUGUACUGAAACAGCUCUUCUGAGAACCUCCAGCCACCCAUGCUAAGAGCUAGGGCCAGCCCUGCCCCUCUUCUCCCAGAAUCAGUACCAAUUCAUGGUACAUCGCAUGGCACUCUUGUUCCCAGAAAUGUAGAGAAGGUUGUCAGCUCAGUGAGAGGAGGUGCCUUUUGUAUCUCUGUGUUGGUGUGCGUCCGUCAUAAGAAGAGUACUUGCCAUGCUAUUUACUUGGCAGAUGUGUAGGUGAUAGUCAUGUGACUAGUGUAUGGACUUUGAGCUGAGAUGGUGAAUGGGUUGUAAAUCCCCACCAACAGAUAUGCAGGGUGGCCUGGUGCAACACAGAGUUAAUUUCAUGAAAGAGUCCAGUCUGCACGCUGGUAUUGGAAACAACUUGGUUUUGCACACACAGUUGCAUGCAUGGCCAACUGCUAAUCUCUGGGUGGCAUUUUCAUUAUGAAUUUGUUUACCACCUGUCUUGCUAAAGCUAAAAAAUAAAUGCAUUUGCACAGGAA